AUGUCCAAAGAACGCCACAACCACUGGCUCACUCCCACAACAAGUCUCCUAUCCUUCACCUGCGGCGUCGCCCUAGCCAUCAUCCACCACAUCUUCUACUCCUCCCUAAAUAAUACAGCCGUCAACGCCGAUGUCUACAACUUCGCUGGCUUUCGAGUCUCUCAACAACAGAUCAACACUGCCACCGGCACGACGCUGGCUUUCUUGAGUCGAGCGUGCUUUCUUGUGACGCUUUCCUCGGCGUACACGCAGCAUUUCUGGCUGCUUGUUGGCAGAAAUGGACGGCGGACGAGGGUGAAGACGUUGGAUGUUAUGUACGGGGCGCUGGACAAUGUUUGGAAUCUGUGCCGGGUGGGGGUCUGGUGGAAGAGACCGGUUUUGUUGUUGACCGGUGUUGUUUCUUGGCUUCUCCCUAUUGCCUUUGUUAUCACGCCCGCAACGCUCUCAGUCGUCGUCGCGCCGGUCUCUCCGUUACAGUCGGACCUUUUACAUGUUCCUCAGGCCGACUUCAGUAGUCUGAAGUUUCUUGCUCCAGGACAGUCGAAUAGCUUCGUUGGAGGGCCAGCGGAUCCCAACACUCUGAUCUACAAUGGACCGACCUUCACCGCGCAGUGGAUCGCUCUUGCUGCAGCAGUCAGCGGUUCCAUAUCUUCCAUUCCUGCUCGGUCUCCAAAUGCGAGCUAUACACUGUAUUUCCAUGGGCCGUCACUGCGAUGUGGUGACUUGAACAGCACCAUGAGGGAUCGAAUGCAGCAGAACAUCCUGCGAGCCUAUCGAGUAGGCAGCGGAUGUCAACAGCCAUACAACUUCAUGGCGUGGACACCGGCGACAGGAAAUCCGGUUCCAGGUCUGUCGUCCAGCAACUCCAAUCCAGACCCUUUCGCCAACCAUGAUGUGCCUUUUCCCACGAAGACACCGUUCACGAUGAAUGCUGGGACAGUUGGUCCUCUAGAUUACAGUGUCAUCGGUCCAAACGGAACGACAAAUGCCACGCAGGUUGCGACCAUCUACUUCGCGGCGAUACCCAAUUUCAAGUACAAGGAGAUCGGAGGAUGUACGACGAGUUUGACAGCUACGAACGAGCGAGCCAACGCAAAGCUGGCGUACAUGUUCGACAACUCGACGUUGCUGCAAUGUCAGCUAUACAACGCAUCAUACACAGCCACCUUCACAUACACCAACGGAGCCCAGGACAUCCGCAUCUCUCAAGAACCGCUCAAUCCAGUCGACACCCUAGCAGGAUUCUACAUGCCGCUCCGAAACGCCAGCGAGUCGUGCUCAGCCUUCAACGCCAACUACCAGAGCUGCACCAUCGACCCGGUGACACUACAACGCCUCUCCUACCAAUCCAUCAUGGACGCCUUUGGCCGGAUCUUCGUUGGCACCGUCCUCGACGGACAACAGUCGAAAUACGGCGGCUCGUACGUAACCAAGACGAACGUGCUCUCGACCACUUUACUCUCCACGAAAGAACUCGCCUUCCUCCGCGCACCCAGCAACUGGGCCAACGCCGACGUGGGCGUCUUCUCAAACGUCAGCAAAGAUCUACAAAGUCUGUACGACUGGACACCGGAUCAGGCGAACGCUUCAUUGAAGGAUACGCUUGAGGAGAUGUUCCAGAACAUCACCCUCAGUAUGUUCUCUUCCGCACACCUCCAACCCAACACUUCCUCCCCUUUCGCCCCAUCACGGGUCAACGUCACCCGCCAUGAAUACCACAAUGUCUACGCUUACGCCGUCGUGAAACUUUGGCUGGCGUACGGCAUCGCUAUAGGCUUCACGUUGUUGGGGCUCUGUACUGGGUUAGUGGCGAUGUUAUUUAAUGGAGCUUCGUUUUCGAGGGAGUUCUCCGCGGUGCUGAGGGCCGCGAGGUUUGCGGAUGUUGGUGUGGAGAUUAGGGCGGCAGAUGGAGAUGGGAAAGAUCCUUUGCCGAAGUAUAUGGAGGAUGCUGAAGUGGCGUUUGAGGGAGGGAUAUGGAAUAGGAAUACAAGUCAAAGUCCUGAUGAUGGGCAGGAGGUAGUGAGCAGAGCAAAAGGUGGAUUCAGAUUGUUCCAGAGAUCUAGUUGA